UGUAAACUCUUGCCUGUACCUGUUCUUCCGGAGUCAUCCUGUCAUGGCUGCGCCCUAGUCAAACGUACCCAGACCUCUUUGCAUCUGGAUUCAUGCUAACAGGUGAAACUGUGGAGCCGCUCCGUCAUGACUUUUAAAGAUCUGGCCAAGUGGAACACGAGGGUGUCCAUCCUGUACGCCGUCGGCGUGUGGAGCAUGGUGGGCUCGUACGCCUACUACAGAUACCACGGCUAUUUCGAUGAAAACACAGUGAAAAAAGAAGAGGAGGAGACGACAGUGCCGGUAAAUCCACGUGAAAAGGUCUACGAGACGGCUCACACCAAAACCAUCAUCGUAUACAAGGAAGACUUUGUCCCUUAUUCUACCAGGAUUUACAACUUCAUCAAAUCCUUCAGCGGGGAACCUGGCACAGGAGACAAAUAAGCGUUACUGCAUCCUUAUACGAAGGAGUAUGGACACUCAAUGAACUUGUCCAGAGCAAUUAUGUGUUUUUACAAAGGAAGCAUUAUUUCUUUUGCACAAUACACGGACCAUGGAUCUUUAUGUUGCACUAUGAAGUUAUCCUCUUGUGUCUGGACCUUAUACUGAUUUGUAAGAGUCCAAUGCAGUGUGCCCUGCAGAAGCUGCCGUCAGUGUAUGAAUGUUGAUGGGCAUCAUAUUUUACCAUUAAAUUUUAAUGAGUAUU